AUUUUGGAGCGCUCCAAACCGAGCGCUAGUUUGCCACAAAGACGAGCGGACGGCUCGAGGCAGCCUCCACGUUGUAGCACGGCUGCCCCGUGACGCCGUCGCCGCGACCGGUCCGCACGGCUGCCCCAGUAACAAACAACCAUCCAGUAACAAGCGACCAUGGCAGACACAAAAGGCAUGUUCGACACGCAGGAGAUCCAACCGGUCAAAAAACAGCACACUGAAUUAGAAUUAGAAAUGCUGGCCAUCAAGCGGAAGAUGCGCGAGCGCUCCGAGGAGCGCGUCGCGCACUCGCAGGCCUACAUGCAGAGCAACCCCGAAGUGACUACAUUGAUAGCGGACUUCUUCGAGGCGGCUCUCACCGAACAACCCGCGGACUUCUACGUCUUCGCGCGCGACCAUUUUCUGGGACAGAUGCGGCCGCGCGAGCCCGAGACUUUUGAUGUUGAUACCGCGACGAUGGAGGCCGAGAUUUUGGAUAUCAUGGAGCUCAAGGCGGCGCUGGAAGCCUGUGGAGAGGAUAUAGUAGGUACGAAGCCCGAGCUCGUCGAGCGAUUGGUCAACGCGCGGUGGGCGGCCUAUGAGGCGGCACAGCCGGCACCCGCGCCGGCGCCCGUCGACCCCAUUACUCCCAUGGUCGACGCCCGCUCUCCAGUCAGAGCGGUCAUCAUCUCGUGCCACGACGACCACGACUCCAAGGAUUUGAGGAGGGCCUGCGGCGUGCUGGUGGCGCGGCGACCGCAUCUCGCGCGACCGAAGACGCAGUACGUGCUGGCGAAGGACCCGGAGCUGCCGCCUCUGCCUGUUUUAGAUUCGGGCUACGGCGCGUUGUCAGCUGUCCAGGGCCCGGCGCCGGCUCCGUUGGAAGGCGAGGACAUCUUCGUGUCCGAGGAAGAUCCGAACGCAAAACGCCCCAGAAUAACGCAGGGCCGCAUCGACGCGGGCGCGUCGCGGCACGAGUGGUUCGAGCACGACGGGCUCCAUUGUACGUCCUUCGGGGCCGUCGGCGAGGCGUGCACGCGCUGCGUCGGCGGCGCGGCGGUCGUUUGUGUGGCGGGUCCUGAUCGGGCCGGCGCCGCGCGGCGGACGGCGUUUGCUUUGAAUCAAACGCAGCCGCUCGUCGUGCGCGUGCAGCAGCAUGAGCGGUGGGACACGCACGACGCCCAGCUCGCCGAAACGCGUAUUGGUGCGGACGACAACGGCAACGACAUCAUUAUACCGAUGUACGACUACGCGCUCACGUACUCGAGCGUCGGCGACCUCGCGGACCAGCUCGAGGCCAUCGCCGACGCCGAAGAAAGAUUAGCGCCACCGUUGAUGAGGGAGGGGUGGCGCGAGCCGCGGGACCUAAACAUCUAA